AUUUUCUUUCAUUUGAAAUUGUAUAACAGUACUGUCUGAAUUACGUUUUAGUAAUAGAGGAAAACAUUUAAUGACGAAAAGCGUAAUUGUUCUAAUGAAAAUUUCUUGUUAGAUCCAUCACGUAUCAAAAGAGGAAAUGUUAUGAUGCUCUUGUGGUGGUUACAUACAAUGGUUCUAGCACACAUAUUUCACAGUUCAACUUCAAACUUUUGUGACAAGCACAAUAUUUGCGGCAAAGGUUACAAAUGCUGUGACGUAACCAGUGAAAGAAAGUGGUGCUGUCCAGAAAAUAAUUACACAAGUUGCUGCUACAGAUUUACCGCAAAGGCUCCAGUCAAAUCGCACGACUCAUUUCGACCACAUCUUAUGAGACUUUCAAAGUCUAGAAGCAAGCAAGACAUAAAACUGAGCAAAGACCAAAAUUUCAUCGACUUUGCAGAUGCUCCAGGGAUUUCUGAUAUUACAGUGUGUGACAGCAAAGAACAGCUUUUCUGUGCAGCGGGACAAACAUGUUGUAAAACAUCUGGAACGUGGAAAUGCUGUCCUAAAUUUAAUGGAACAUGUUGCGAAAAUGAAGAUUUCUGUUGUGCAACAGAAACAACAUGUCAAGGAUCGGACAUCUUGUGCCAAGAAGACAGACAUGGUCUUACACCAGCUUUAGUUAUGAAUAUUGCAAUGAAAUACAUUUGGUGUCCAGGACUAACUCAGAUAUGCCUGGACACAGACACUUGUUGCCUCAUCGGAUGUGACAGAUAUGGCUGCUGUCCUUAUACAGAUGCUGUGUGUUGCGCAGACUUCAUUCAUUGUUGCCCGUCGAACACAGUAUGUGAUAUUAAAGAGCUCAGAUGUGUUCCCAUGUAGUGUAAACACUGUCGCAGCUUCUCAGAAAUAAACUGCCAUGAAGUCUAUUGUGUCAACCCCUUCUGAAAAUGAUCGGUAUUUCUGAUAAACAUUGGUACUGAUAAAUGUAAUAUUAAUGUUUGUAAGAUAGAUCGCUUCGUGACCGGAAUGCUCUAACUCAAUACUUCUUAAACGUUUUCCAUCCCCGAUUCCUUUUUAUCAUCCAGCGUGUUUGAAGAUUCCGAUAUUAAAUAUAGAGUAAAGAUAAAAUAUAUAUUUCCCAUAAACAAUGUACAUGUGAAAAGAAAUACUUUCAGGAUUUGUUUCAAGUAUUAAUUAAAUUAAUGAAGGAAACAAU